AUGUACCUUGUGCUGGUAGACUACUAUUCCCGAUGGAUAGAGCUACAUCACCUCCACUCGACAACAGCCAAAUCUGUGAUAAACUUCAUCAAGGCAACAUUUGCUAGAUAUGGUAUUCCCGAAGUGGUGGUGACUGACAAUGGUCCACAGUUUUUGGGUGAAUUUGACCAAUUCGCUCGUGGGUACAACUUCCAACACAUCACCUCCAGUCCCUAUUACCCACAGGCCAACAGACAAGCAGAGAAAGCUGUACACAUUGCCAAGAGACUGUUAAGCCAAGACGAUCCAGUCCGCGCCUUGAUGCUGUACCGGUCCACUCCUCUGCCUAGCCUUGGCCAGAGUCCAGCCAGUCUCCUAAUGGGAAGGGAGAUUCGCACCACACUUCCAAUCCUGCCUCGUAAUCUGCAGCCUAAGAAGGUAGAUCACAACAAGCUGAAGGCUACAGACAACAUGAACAAACAGAAAAGCGGACAAACCUUCAACAAGCGACACGGUGCAAGACAGCUGGAUGAUUUGAUGCCUGGAGACAAGGUUAAGAUCCGAACCAAAGGACAGCUGAGCCCAGAAGGUGAAGUUGUACGUCAGGCUGGGACUCCACUGUCCUACAUCAUCAACAUCAACGGCACUGAGUACCGUCGAAACAGACGUCAUAUCUUUCUUCUUCCCAAACCAUCCCUGGAUCCAGUUCUUGACAUCCAAACAUCAUGCAAGGAGACCAAGGAUCCUCAACCAGCUGAAUCUCGACCCACUCGAGUUACCCGUCCACCAGUUUGGCACAAGGACUACAUUGGUCUCAAAACUAGACCAGUCACACACUUAAUCAAAAGAGAACAAACUAGCAUUUAG